GACAAGGAGAGUCGGACAUGAGCGGCUGCAUCCGGCGGUUCCUGAACCUGCGGCUGUUUGGACCUCUCCAAGAUGAGAUGGACUUUUUUCACUGGACGGCAGAAGAGGCGGACGCGCAUGGCAAGGUGGUGCCAACACUCACGCCCGUCAAUGCCUGUGUACCCAAGAGGAGAAGGGUCUGCAGCACUGACUUGGCGACGGCGGAGGCGGCCGCGCCCAAGAUCGACCCUCCGAAAAGCGAGCUGCUCGUGAGGCCACCGGAAGUCUCCUACUCCAUACGGUCUCCUCGUUGUCUUCACUUCUUGCCCACUGCCUUGGAGAGCAAGGUCAUCUUGGCCGACCAGGCGAACCGCAUGUUACGCUUCUACACCAUCGACGGCUGCAGCUACAUCGAUACAAUGCCAAGCCUCCACAGGUACAAGCACUCGCCGUUGGCCAUCUCCGUCCCUCCGACGGACUUACACCUCCUUGACGGUGAAGACACCGGCGACCUCUACAUCAUCGAUAGCGUCCUCCAUCCGGACAAGGCAGGGGUACGCCCGCAGUUCGAGGCCCUGGUGUGGAGGGGGAUCACCACGUCCCUCGUGUCUCACAGGUUCUGGCACUGCGACAUCCUCCCGCUGCCCCCGUGGAUCACCCACCACAGGAAUGCCUUCGUCUACGGUCACGCCCUCGUUGGCGACACCAUCUGCUUCUCCAUCUGUGGCUCAGAGGGCAACGGCACCUACUGCUUCCACAUGACGACUCGUGAGUGGAGCAAAGCCGGCGACUGGCUCAUGCCGUUCGAUGGCAAGGCGAAUUACAUCCCGGAGCUUGGACUCUGGUUCGGCGUCUCAGAAAACCUCCCCUGUGUGGCUGACCUCUCUGGCGUGGUCAGAGGGGAGGAGCCGCCGCCGAAGAAGAUGCGGAUCUGGGCGCAUGAUGACCUGCCAGAAGAGUGGCAGCCGACCCAAUUGUUCAACCCCCGGGUCAUCAGCCUCGGUUCUGGCAGGUUCAUCGUCGUGGACUUCUUGGAUACCAUGGAAUUCGACAAGGACUGCAAUGAGAUGGUUACGGGCAAGCAAUUCGCCCUCUUCACCGGUAUGGAAGCAGCGUACAACGACUGUUGGAAUUUUGCUAGUAGGCCUUUGGCCCAAAGCCCAACUAAAAUUCAGAAAUUCUCUUGA